AACCUAAAAACUUGGCAGCACUGCGUAUUAAAUGUUCCGAAAUCAGGUGACUAGACAAAUAUACAGUUGUAAAGGAAUUGUCAAACGUCAAACAUAAAAAUUUACAGAAGAAACAAAGAUUCUGGUUUGUGCACUCAUACUGUUCGGACGUGAAUUUGAUAUCUGUUAAACAAAAAAAAUUUACAAAAGCGCUACAAAAGUAUUCAACAUGGGAUCGAAUGGGGGAUCUGAGAAUGUUCCUCCUGACAAAAAAGAUAAAAACCAUAUUUGUCUUCCUUCUCAAAUGAUUGAUGAGCAGGAAAAAUCAAGAAUUCGUCAAAAUGUCGACUUUUGGACGUACGGCGACCAGCAAAUAAACAACCAACGGUUAUCGUUGACUGAGAUGAUGGACAUAUCCCACUCAGGUGGAGUAAAAGAGACGGAGAUAGUGUCGUCUAAUUCUAACCGUAAAUCUCAAACGCCCAACGGCAGCGUCGUUAUUGGUACUCCAAAUAGCACCGUUAACGGUGCAGCGUGCCCUUCUGAAUUUUUCACGAAGGAAACACAAACUCAACUGAAAAAACUCUUGGCUAACGACCGUGAGAAUUUCACAAAAAUCAUGAGAAAGCGUCACCAAGUGACUUCUUUCAGAUCUUCAAAAAAAAUUGCUGUUCACGACACUAAUCGCGAGAACAGAUAUGCAAUUCUCGAUACAGAUGACGAUGUGGAAGCUCCCGCUCAAAAACUCAAUGCACCCAUUAACGCAAACAACAUGGCCAGCAACAAUACCGGCACUAAUAGCAGCCACAAUACUUACUUAUUGGCCAACGGCACCACGAUUUCUUCUGGAAAUAUCUCAAACACCGGCAACAUCAACAACAACAUGGUCAACAACUCUAACAAUCGGAAGGUGGAGACAGGAUCUUGGUGUCCCCCUAUAUUUACUAAAGUAUUGGAAUAUCGUACGUGCGCCUACUUUGUCGUACGUGUAUGGGAUGGAAAAAAAGUUGAUUUUGGUGGCGUUUACGACAAACUGAUUUUGGAUAAAAACCUUGAUAAUUUGAAAACUAAAAUAGAUGUGACAAUUUUGACAACAUAAAUAUGAAGAAGAUAUCGCACAAAAUAUUCUAUUAAAAAUUGAAAAAAAUCUAUCGGCCAGUUUUUUUUUUAUAAAAGCUCAAACCUUAUGUUGAAGUUAGAGAUUUUGUACUUUGUUAUAAAAUACUUUGUUUAUUUAAUGUUAUCAUGUUGUAUUGUUUUUAUACGUUGGUUUAAUGAAAAUAAAUUAAUCAUUACUGUUCAGAAUCUAAAUAUAUCAGGUUAUGGGCCUUAUCACGAAAUAAAUACAAAAUUAUAAGGCAGUUUGUAUUAAAGAAAAAGAUGUCUGAAAUGAAAUACAAUAUUGAAAAGCUUCGGGGAACCGAAAAUUUUGAAGACUGGAAGUUUUCUGUUGAAGCUUAUUUCCAAAUGAAGGGGCUUUGGAAGGCUGUUUCUGAUGAAAGUGAGAAGGAUGCAGCAAAGCUCUUAAAUGCAAAAUCGGAGCUUGUAUUGCUUGUUGA